CUGAACGUUAUUGCGUUUUAACUUUUAAUUAUCAAAUGAUACGCUAUUUUUGACCUAUAUAUCAAUCGGCUAACGUGCACAGAGUUUUAAUUGGUCAGAUUUUUUGCUUCUACGAAAGUUGGUUGAAACAAAACAUGGAGAAUAAAAUUAUAUUUAAAAUUUCUAUUCAACUUUUUGCUAUGCUGGUUCUAUGCAUUGCUUCUUUGCAAAGCUAUUUUAUAGAAAAUCAUCGCAAUUGUUCUCAAUAUAUGGAGUCAUGUAAUGGUUAUAUGCCGUGUUGUAAUCCAAAACAUUUUUGCAAAUUCGUUAACUUAGGAGUCCAAAAUGAAUUGAAGUGUAUAAAUUACGCUUACUUAGGAGAACGUUGUAAUAAUUCUUCCGACUGUAACGAAAUGAUAAAUGCUGAAUGUUCUGAAAACAUAUGUGAUUGUAAACCAAAUUUCAUCAAUUCCGUUGAUUCUUGUAAGCCAUUGCUGAAUGAAUUUUGUAUAGAUAAUAGAGACUGUAUUGUGAAAAAUUCAAUUUGUGUUGAUCAUAAAUGUAAAUGCAAUUCCAAUUUUACAUCCAAGUCCAACAAUGCAUGUGAACCAUUAUAUCUAGGUAGAUUUUGUGAACUGGAUGAAGAUUGUGACGAUAUAAGACAUGCUAAAUGUUCAAAUAAUAAAUGUAGCUGUAGAGCAAACAAUGUAGGAUUAAUUAAAGAAUGUGUACCAUUAGUUAAUGCAUUUUGUUGGAAUGAUGAAUCGUGCUAUACCAAUAAUUCUGUUUGUAUCGACAAUACAUGUAGAUGUAAACCAAAUUUUACACUAACCCCUGAUAAACAAUGUUUACCAAGUUAUUUAGGAACGUACUGUAAAAGUGAUCUAGACUGUCGUGCAAUAAAGAAUGCACGAUGUUCUCCAAAUAAUCAAUGUGUUUGUAAAUUUAGUGCCGUGAAACUGGAUGAAAGAACUUGUGGACCACUAAUAACCGGAAUUUGUGUCAAUAGCAGUCAAUGUAUUCCGGAUAAUUCUUAUUGUGUCAAUAAUCAAUGUCAAUGUGAGCAUGGAUAUAAACCGUUAUUCAAUGCUAUCUGUGAAAAAGACAUAGAUAUGCUGCUUAUUAAUCACUAAACGAUCCAAGAAAAAACCCAAUCAACAGCCGUCUCAAGUUAGAAUAACGGAAAGUCGGAGACUAUAGGAAAUCAUUUUAUUGUUUGUAAUUAUGAUGCAGAAUUCAUUAUAUGGAUCUGAAUAAGAACUAUAGUUAUUUUUGCUGAAUAUCCUAGAUGUAGAAAAUAAUUUUAAAUUAUUAUAAAAAUCAAUUAUAUUAUAUUUAAUUGUUAUUAUAGUAUUAUUGUGUAACCUUUAAACGGUAAGCCUAAAAAAUUUCACGCUACAGGUAGUGCCGGUCUGACAGACCGCUACUUGAAGUACAUUCGGUUUUUUUACUUUUAAGAAGGGGACUUUAUCUAUUACACGAAUAAAACUAUAUCUUUAUGAAAAUUAAUUUUAUAUUAAUAAGAUUUAAUGUUAUUUUAGGUUAAUAAAAAAAUUAAAUUUAA